UUGAAUGCUGUACUUACUCACAUUUCUUUGUUUACAGAAAGCAUUCAACAGUAAUAUCAAACAGCUGCAUCUUCUCAAUUAUCCAUCAAUUGCUGAACCAGUCGUAACGCUAGCAAAAAAACUUUUAAAUCCCAAAAUUGCACAGAGGUUUUAUUUCCACAAAGAGACCGAUACAAUUUUGAAUUACGUUUCCAAGGAUGUUUUACCUAGGGACUAUGGAGGUGAUGGUCUAUCUCUGAGAGAAUAUAGUGAAAUAUGGAAACGAAAAUUUCAAGACUACAAAGGAAGAUUUGAUAUUCUGGAGAAACUACGUGUAGAUGAAUCACUUAGGCCGACCCCUUUAGUCAAUGACGAUGUUUUGGGAUAUUACGGAAACUUCAAGAAAGUCAACGUAGAUUGAAUCGAAGGAAUGGAUAUAAAACAUAAUCCUCCAAAUGAGAAGAAGAUUCAUUUGGGUUUGUCACAUGGUGAUCCAGUUAAUAUGAAUGUAUUUAUUAUUUUAAAAAAAAUUUAUAAAAAUGUACUUAUUAUCAAAAAUUGA